AGAGCAUCGCAUCCCUCGUUUCUAUUCGUUAGGCAGCCUGAUGAGGGACAGCUAUGCAACGCAAUCAGUGAUCGCCAUCAUCCAUCUGCUCCCACCAAACCACUGAGAAUUCUCCCCUCGUAUCAAAGGCUCAAAGCGAUGCUCAACUUUGUAACCACUUCGUUCGUCCUCAGUCCAGCUUCCCACUACAACUUCAACCACUUCACCACCUCCCAGCAAUGGAGCUAGCAUGGUUCAUCAGAUCCUCAAUAAUCUCCCUUGCUGGAUUCUUGUCAGUGGUUUCCGCAUCGACAUCGCAGCAGCAAUGCGGCGGCAUUGGAGGACCUGCUGGAGUGAGAGCUGGCUACUGGUCGCCGUCCUCAAGCCGCUACUCCCCGGUCAGUAGCAUCGACGCCUCCUUGUACACUCACCUCUACUACAGCUCAGUGUCCAUCGACGAGGCAAGCUAUGCUGUCGCGCCACAGCCGACCGAAGAGGAGGGCUCGCUGCUCGCUGCCUUCUCCGGUACCGUCAAGUCCGGGAGCCCGUCUACCAAGACCAUGCUGUCCAUCGGCACAAAUGAGUACAGGGUGGAUGCGUCGAAUGCCGCCUUCUCCACAAUGGCUUCGGACAAGGACCUCCGGGGAGUGUUCAUCAACUCCUCCGUGGAACUGGCUCGAGCCAACCGCUUCGACGGCCUGGAUUUGUCGUGGAUUUUCCCAGUCACACAGAUGGACAUGGAGAACCUUGGAGCCCUGCUUGCAGAGUGGCGAGCAAGGAUCAUGGAGGAAUCCGCCACCAACUCCUUGUCUGGUCCUCUUCUCCUGACGGCAACACUCUACUUCUCCAACCACAUGUUUGACAUGCCUGACGGCAACCUCGACUACCCAAUAGAUGACAUCUCAGACAACCUGGACUGGGCGAAUAUCCUCACCUUCGGCUUCCACGGGGACAGCAGCGUCACCACAGCUGACGCACCUCUCUACGACAAGUCGUCGCACUUCUCAGUGAGCUACGGGGUGAUCUCAUGGCUGGAUGCAGGAGUUCCUCCAUGUAAGCUGGUGAUGGGGAUACCUCUGUUUGGAAGAUCAUGGUUCCUCAGGAACAAGGCCAAGAAUGGGCUAGGAUCGCCGACUGCCGCUGCCGGAACAAAGCAGAGCAAAAGCAACCAGACUGGGAUAAUUGCAUAUGCAGAGACUGAAGAGUACCUGAACUCUGAAAGCACCGUUGUUGCCUAUGACAACCAAUCAGUGGCAGAGUAUUUCUACAACGGUGACCUCUGGGUCAGUUUCGAUGGCGCACAGGUAGUGCAGCAGAAGCUAGAGUUCGCGGCGAGAUCUCAGUUGCUUGGCUACUUCCUCUGGACCGUCGGCUUCGAUGAUUCAAACAGCACAAUAUCCAAGAAAGCAUCGGAAUCAUGGCACCAAUAUACUCAAGGUGGAUUUGGAAUCAUGCACGCAGGAGGUUCAAACCAAUAUGUUGCAUUUAAUUCAUCUUCAGUAUCACUUGGUAGCUGGUAUUCAAAAUCUCUCAGCUGUUUGCUGUCUUCAGUACUUCUGUUGGUGAUUCUGUUUCAUUAAGAAUAUCAGUAAACAGGCCAGAAAUGUAAAAGUAGUUCAGAUGAUAUAUUCAUCAAAGCGAAUGUCUAAUAUAUGUUCUGUUGUAUUUAUUAAGUUUUCUCACAGUCGUUCUUUGCCAAAAACAAGUGUCGCAUCAUGUUCAAUGACUAAUAGCCACAUUGUGUUC